UAGACGCAUAUAAAUACGAUGAUUGCCGUUGUUAAGACAUAGUACGUAAGUGAAUCGUUUUCAAACAACUACAACCUACAACCAGCAAUAAAAAUGUACUCUGCCGUUUUUGCAAUUUUUGCGCUACAGCUAUUUGCACAGAUUCAAGCUGCUGCGAUUGUUGGAGCUCCAAGUGUUGGAAUUGCAACUGCUGGAUUACCACCAUGCUCCUCCAUAGCUGGCAUUAACGAGCUAGGGAUCAGCUCAGUAAUUGGUGCUCCAUUCCUAGGAAAUGGUCUUUUCGGAGCUCCCGGAGUUGUAUCUUCUGAAACAACCACAAUUAAUGGACUUGGUGCCUUCCCAGGAGUUGCCGGUCCUUUCUUAGGCAAUGGGAUCAUUGGAGCUGGAGUUCCAGGAGUUGUAUCUUCUGAAACAACCACAAUUAAUGGACUUGGUGCCUUCCCAGGAGUUGCUGGUCCUUUCUUAGGCAAUGGAAUCAUUGGAGCUGGAGUUCCAGGAGUUGUAUCUUCUGAAACAACCACAGUUAAUGGACUUGGUGCCUUCCCAGGAAUUGCUGGUUUAGGACUUGGUGGUCCUUUCUUAGGCAAUGGAAUCAUUGGAACUGGAGUUCCAGGAGUUGUAUCUUCUGAAACAACCACAAUUAAUGGAGUCGGUGCUUGCCCAGGAGUAGCUGGUUUAGGAAUUGGUGCUCCUUUCUUAGGUAAUGGAAUCAUUGGAGCUGGAGUUCCUGGAGUUGUAUCUUCUGAAACAACCACUGUUAACGGACUCGGUGCCUUCCCAGGAAUAACUGGUUUAGGACUUGGUGCUCCCUUCUUAAGUGCCGGUAUCAUUGGAGGUGGGGUUCCUGGAAUUGUAUCUUCUGAAACAACCACAGUUAAUGGACUUGGUGCAUUCCCGGGAGUUGCUGGUUUAGGACUUGGUAUAGGAAACGGAAUCAUCGGAGCUGGAGUUCCAGGUGUUGUAUCUUCUGAAACAACCACAAUUAAUGGACUCGGUGCCUUCCCAGGAGUUGCUGGUUUAGGUCUUGGCGCCCCUUUCUUAGGAAACGGGAUCAUUGGAGCUCCAGGAAUUGUAUCUACUGAAACCACUGCAAUCAAUGGAUUAGCUCCUUGCUCAGAAAUUGCUGGCUUAGGUAUUGGUACUCCUUUCUUAGGAAACGGACUCAUUGGAGGUAUAGCACCUGGAGUUGUAUCUACCGAGACUACUGCAGUUAGCGGAUUUAACAACUUUGGUGGAAUUGCUGGUUUAGGACUUGGUGCUCCAUUCCUAGGAAAUGGACUUAUUGGACCUGCUGCUCCCGGUGUUGUAUCUUCUGAGACAACAACAGUUAACGGAUUUGGUGCCUUUCCAGGAGUUGCUGGUUUAGGGCUUGGUACUUUGGGUGGUGGAUUAUUUGGAGCUGCCGGUCUUGGUAACGGGCUUCUAGGAGGAGUGACCAGCACUGAAGUUACUGCACCAAACGCAUGCGGUGGAUUGACAAGUGUUGAAGUUACUGGUCCAACAGCUCCUGUCUUUGGACUUGGAGUGGGCUCCUUAGGGUUAGGAAAUUUGAACCGAGCACUUUUCUAA